AUGGUGGUAGCGUCGUCCGGGCACGCGUCGGGGAGUGGGGGGCAGCAGCAGGCACGCAGCAGCAAUCACCUGCACAAGCUGGCACAGGUGGCCAGCCCGGGUACGGGCAUGACACCGAAGGAGCUGUCCGACAAUGAUGAUCUCGCCACCGGGCUGGUGCUUGACACCAUACUCGGGUUUCAGACGCACAAGAUGAGCCUCAAGUACCGGCCGCUGAAGGCGAACAAGGACGAGAUCAAGAACAUCAUCGAGGAGUUCAUUCGCACGCAGAACUACGGCAAAUGCUACCAGCAGCUCAUCAACGGGAACUGGAUGCCACGGUCCGUGUUGAACAAGAACAAGCUCGCUCUCAAGCGGCUGGAGGCACACAUCUACCGCUAUCUGCGGGUGUUCGACCAACACUCGGGGUUUGUCAUCGAAGCGUGCUACCGAUAUUCGCUCGAGGGUCAGAAAGGCGCCAAAAUUUGCUCGACACGCCGUUGGAUGAAGAACGAAAAGAUCGAAUGCCUGGUGGGGUGUAUCGCGGAGCUGACUGAGCGCGAGGAGGCGGAUCUGCUGCUUCCGGGUCGGAACGAUUUCUCCGUCAUGUAUAGUUGCCGCAAAAACUGCGCCCAGCUGUGGUUGGGCCCGGCCGCUUACAUCAACCACGAUUGCCGGGCAAAUUGCAAAUUCGUGGCCACCGGGCGUGAUACGGCCUGCGUGAAGGUGUUGCGUGACAUCGAGGUGGGCGAAGAGAUCACCUGCUUCUAUGGGGAGGACUUCUUCGGCGAUAACAACUGCUACUGCGAGUGUGAGACGUGCGAAAGGCGUGGAACGGGCGCGUUUAUUGCCCGGCUUGCCGAUGGAGCUGCCCUGCUGGGUGGUGAGGCCGGGCUCGGUGUUGGCUGUGUCGCUGGUGCGUCCGGAACCGGUGUUAGUGGCACCGGUGCGGAUGGCAGUGAUGGUGUGGGGGUCGGCUAUCAUGCUAGGCUGGCGAGAGCCAACGAACCGGGCAUUGGAGUGCCCGGUGCGAUUGGAUCCGCGAAUGGUGGCGUUCGAUACCGGCUGCGGGAAACGGACAACCGGCUAAACCGGAUGAAGAACAAGCGCAACAACGGGACGGCUGAGAUUGGCGGGGUGAAAGCAACAGCCAUCGGCAAGGAGCCACCAUCAGCGCUGAGUCUGCUUACGGUGCGCGAACUGCGCGAUAAAGGCAUGACCAAAUACGACGCGGAGAUGUUGCUCGCUCAGCAAAAGCCCUACUGCACUGGAACAAUCGUACCGGCGGUUUCGACCCCUGUCGGGCGACCACAAGCAUCCGGAAGUCAGCAAACCGACGAGGUGGCCACCACACGGUUAGCGGAGGGUAGUGGUACAACGGACACACUCGAAUCGGACGUUGUGGAUGAGCGUUGCGAGAAGAAAACGCUGCCAGCGAGUGGUGGAAGCGGCACGGUGGCUAAAAGUGAGGCCCAAUUAAAGCGAGCAACCCGCUCGUCGACGUGCGGGAGUAUAGGUACAUCACCCGCUGGUGGCAGCAAACCAUCCUCGGUUAAAACGUCCGAGACGCAGGAACACCAGCACGCAGAGUCGUCCUUCCACAGUACGGACAAAGCAAGUCAGCAGCAGCACCAGCAAAACCAUCACCAGAGCCGAGCCGCCUCGCAAGCACAUCGGAAAAACCCUCGCCGAAGGUACAGCAGCUAUAGCAGCGUGAGUACGGAGCUAUCCAACACCUCCACCGACCGGAAACCGUCAUCAUCCGUCGGGCAAUCGGUGAGGGGUCGGCAGACGCUGGCCGCGAAACGGAAGCGUAAAAAAGAACCCGACCCGGAUGGGUCCCAGCGGGCGACAUCGUGCGGCGGGAAAGCGACUGUCCGCGGGAAGGAGCUCGUGGAUGAGAUCAUCGUCAUCGAUGACGAUUGCAGCAGUAGCAGCACGCAAUCAUCAACGUCGAAAAGCGUAGGUGUUGGUGGUUCCUCGGCGAGUACGCUACCGUUCAUCGUGCGACGUCCGGUUCCGGAUGUGAGAGGCGAUCGGAAGCGAAGGGCCAGCAUGUACACCACCAGCAGCAGUACCGUUAGCAGCAGCGUAGGAGGUGACAGAGGUAUCUAUACGUUCCAUGACGAUCUGCUUGAUGGUCCGGCACCGAAUGGGUACUACACGCUGCGGAACAAUACCCCGUUCCAUCAUCACCCCGUUUCAGGCCACCAAAAUAAGCACCACAAUUUGUUCACGCCGGAGCAGAACCGCCGUCCGGGGGCGGUGGUGGAUGUGCCAAACGGGCCCGAACCCCUGAGCUACAACGUGGAGAGCCGGCUAUCGGGACCGGCUCGAAGGCCGGUGGCUUCGUCGCAGGUCCCAACGACCGCCGGAAGCCGGAAGCGUACAUCGGAAACCACCCACCCGGAAGAACCGGCAACGGCGAAACGAACCGUCGAGGACAUUCCAGUCAUGCGGCGGAUCAUGACGCGUCGCAUGUCACUACGGUACGCCAAUUCCACUGGCCACACGACGGCUGAGGGUACGAUGCAAGCGACGGGAGGGGAUGAAAUUAGUCCGCGAGUGACGCGCGGUAUGUUACGGCUGCAGGAGGACCACGAGCUGGGGCACGGUGAGGGUGCAAAGCAAAGUAAAACACCCACCGGUGGCACCACCAACCCGUCACGUUCCUCAUCCGCUUCAUCCGGUGGGACGGGUGUGCCUUCCUCGCGCACGGCCAAACCCGGGUCUGAUGAGUUGAGCGACACCGUGAAUGGUUGCACGAGUUACGCCCGGUGGUCGAUGGGGAGUGGUGAGGGUGAAAACAGCCCAAGAAGUGGACCACAACAUCCACCGGUCGUCCUGCCAGCGAACAGAGGCAGCCGGCGGAAGCAGAAAUUGCAAACACGUCCGCAACAGGACGAUGACGAGGACAAGCUGUUGCAGCAUUCGGUUGAAAGUAGCCAGGGUGAACAUAGUGGCCGGGCUUCCGCCGGAAGUGGUGGCCGCACACGGAAGCAACCUACACCUACUAAGCGAUCGCGUGGAAAGCUCUCGGCAGCUAGCGUGAGGCGACCGCUAAAUGGCAAACGAAACGGUGAAAAUGGCAAACAAAACGGAUGGCAAAUUAACAAACAACAGGAGGGACAGAGCACGUUAAGCGAAAGGCGGCCAGCUCAACCAGACGACGAUGACGACGAGGAGGACGAUAUGAAUUUAUCGCAAAUUUUAAGCUUCCAGCAACGAGCGUACGCUGAGUACGGUGCGUGGGCGCAACCAUCCACCAACGGUGUCGGAAGCAGCAGUAGCAACGCCAGCAGUGUUCACAACAUCCCCACCAGCUCGUCCUUUCUGCUGCAAAAGAAGCUGGAAGUCAGCGACACCGGUGCGGAAGUGAUUGUCCUCUCGAGCUCGUCCUCGGCGUCAUCGUCGUCUUCCUCCUGCUCGCUAGAUUCACCCGGAAGGCACAAAACGCCCCCAACGGCCACCGGUGCGGCUGCCACGAGCGGUUCCGAGCAGCAGGUGAAGCUGAAGCUACGUGUAAAACAUCCCACCGGGAUGGCAGACAGCGGUACCGAUGUGGCCGGAAGCGAUCUCACCCACCAGCUGACUGUCGAUCGUUUGCAACGUUGGCUUCCGCCGGAUGAUACGGUGGCACCACGUGCGGCACGCAUCAAAUGCGUCACGCGAACCGGCACAAAACCCGAACCGGUCACUGCACCUAGACGGAGAAAAGUCAUCCGUGAGCCCGGUGCACCGUCGCCGGUGGCUUCCUCGACGAAGGUGCGGGAUGUUGUGGUCCCUCACACGGUGGCACGCUUGAAAUGCAUCCCUCCUGGACGUCAUGGAGCGCGAAGUUUACGCACGAAGCGGGAUGAUCCGCCGGAUGGGGCCGGACAAUCGACGUCGGUUGGUAGCAGCGAAAGUGCGCGUGUUCCGUUGACUGUUGUGUCGGAUGAUGACGAUGAGGAUGACAUACUACUGUCGCAGAUCAUACAGUAUGGCAAGCAGCGGCACCAGCAGGCGGCUGGUAGUGGCGGUGGUUUGUUCCAGCAGCACCAAAUUUCCUCAUCUACGAGCCACCGGGUGGGACCGUACGAUGCCGGAGGCAAAUCUGCCGCCGGUGUUCCAGCGUCAUCCUCGACGGUGCUGCCGGAACCGUUAAUGCGUACACCCGAGCGUCGGUUGAAGCUGACCCUCCGCAUGAAGCGUAGUCCUGUGAUCGACGAGAUAAUCGAAUCCGGCAACAGCCUGAGCGAUGCUGAUAAUGGCGGCAGUCCGAGUGCGUUCCGGCGCGAGUACGAAAUCCUGCGCAUGGAGGGGAUCGGAUUGCGUGAGCAGGAUGGAGACGAUGCCAACCGCCACUACGAUGGUGGGCUGUACGACAAUGAAGACGAUGAAGCGGAAGAGGACGAAGAUUUGACGUCGUACAGCAGUAGCUGCAGUAGUUUGGUGUCGCAGAAGCGCAAGAAACGCCACAAAGCGUCGAAAGAGGCGCGCAGGUUGCGCAAACAGGCGAAACGCGAACGUCGCCAGCUGUACGGUGCGCUGUGUGCGUCCCAGCUGAAGCAACAACCGGUGAUACCGAAGUAUUACGCCUACACGCCACCGGAGGUACCACCGGAGGUGGAUGAUGGUGAGUUGUUGCCCCCACCGCCAGCACAAGAUCCCACGACGACGGUGGACACACCGGCGGCACCACUUUCCGUACAGUCGUUGGCGUACUAUCGGGCGCAUUAUCAAAACCACCCGUCUGUGAUACUGCAGCCGACGAGCGCGUUAAAUGGCGCGCGUACCGAACCGCCCAAUGCUGGUGAGUGGGUUGACAAGCUUGAUCUGUACCGGCUUAACGGCGUGAUCUCGUCGUCUAGUUCGGCUGUAGCGCCCACUGCCGGUCCUGCAUCAGCCACCGGUCCUGGGAAGGUGACACCCACCGAAGGAAGCGGAAACGGUGGCAACGGAUUGCCGAUGAAGCGCUUGCGUUUGAUCCUUGGCAACGAAACGCUUACCCGGGACAUUCCACUCACGACCGCGACGUACUCGAUCGCGGACACUUCGUCUACGGUGGGUGGUGGUGUGGCCACACCGGUUAACCAGACGACGGUACACAGUUCCGCCGCCACGGCAACGGUCACCUUGUCCACUGUGGCGGCUUCCUCGGGACUUGAAGCACCCCGGAUGGGUCUCGAAAGCGUGCUGCAGCGUCCAACACCACCACCGGUGGUGUCCACGAUCGUGCGGAACGAGGAAGCGUACAAGCUGCACUUCCCGGUGCCAGGACACGCCAUCAACAACACACCGGGUGUGAUUGUAAGCCCGGCCAGAGCGGUUCCAUUGCAACCACAUCCGCCCGUUCCGGUGAUGCUGGUGAGCGCCGGUAAUGACAGCAACACUGGCGGUAAUGGUACCAUCGACAGCAUCACCAGCACCAGUGGCACCGGAAGUAACGGUUUGGGUGGGUUGAUAUUGUUGCAACAUCAGGCCACACCACCCACGGGUGGUGGUCCUUGCAGCGUGGUUUAUCCACCCAUCGCGAGUGACGUCGACAGGAGCAGUGGCGGACCGGUCAGUGGAUUACAGACGACCGAAUCAGGUACCUACCUGGGCGCUCUUAAAUGCGUCCGCGAGAGCUGUCCUGAAGGUCGUCUGCUACCGAUCAACCCACUCAAGAUCUCCUCCAUGUGGCGAUGUGACCGAUGCAACCUGAACAUGGACAACAUCAAGGCGACCAAGAUCCAGGAGAUUGCCGGUCGCAUGAUACUAAACAACGCGAUCAAACGCGAACCGAGCUACAUCAUCGACUAUCUGAACGAUCAUAUCUUGAAGUUCCUGCUGCCCACGAACCAGUUUACGGUGGAGUUGAAGCUCCAGGCGAUCAAGAAGAUCCAAGCCAGUCAACCGCUGGCUGAGCUGCGCGAGAAGGAGAAAUACUGCCUGGAGAUCCUGGACGUCCUCGAGCGGCUUAACUACGGCGAGUGCUUCGUAAAAGGCGUGCUCUGCUUCGAGCUGUUCGUGACACGCGUCACGAUCGCGAAGGUGCUAAACGAGAGCGAUAUUGCGACGGAGGCGUCUAACUUGGAGCAGUUGCGCACCGCCUGGCAGAUACUGCGUGCUAGCGGCAACCGGCCCAAAGACCUUCAGCAACUGGUUGUGACUUACGGGAUCGAGUGAUGCGUGACCGGUUCCGGGGAUGAUCCCGGUCGGGACGAAUCCAACACCCGCUAUACGUAGACCGAAGGCUAACGCUCUUGUACAAAAAACAUAUCGACACCUCGCGACAACACGUCUGUUAUUUCUUUUUUUUUCACACGUUUUCCACGGCACUGGCAUGUACGGCCGUGGAGGGGUAGCAACCUGUUCUUUCCACAGCACUGGCAGCGUAAUGCGGGAAUUAUAGACAAAGACAAAGACAAAAAAGGAAGGAGAGUGAGAGAGGUAGAGGAAAAGUGAGAAGAAUACGAAGUAGAUAGGGUCAGAGAAAUGGGAGUUAGAUAGAGGUUAAAGAUGAAGCGAUCAGGUACUUUGCAGCUGCAGACCCGGAAGGCAGUACAUUGUUUGUGAUUUUAUUGUGUGGGUUUCAACAUAUACACUAAAGCACACGGUGAACGUUGUAGCGUGGAGGUAAGGAUGCCAAGGAUGGCGUUACUGUCCUAGAGAAAGGUACCAAGUAGCUUGCCCCGCGUAGGGGCGUACGUAUAUGGGCAACUCUUAGCCCUAGGUUUUUUCCACAUUGAUUGCAUAUUUUGAACAAUUUUCUCACGUGUGUGACGGUGAAGGCACUGACGAAGUUGAAAGCAACGCACUGCUCACGAUUGAACUUGAACAAUUUUUCUCUUCCGUGUUUGUUACUGCACUAAAGCUCAAAUGAUAGCACUGAUAGCAAACCGGCAGACGUUCGGGUGUGUUUUUAGCGGCGAAUCGAGGUGUCGGGACGAAAUGCUACAGGGUGCAUUUUGGACGAGCCUAAACAUUAUGCAACAUAUCGUUCGCCGAGCAGUGACGGGAGGUGUAUAACACGACUUUUUUCCCUUUCUUCUCCUCGUAUCUUAUCUUUCAAAAUCGUACCAAAAAAAACAGGAUUAGAGUUACAUGAAAAUUACAUAAAAAGACAAAAAUACCUAGUGAUACACUAUUCCGAAGGCCGUCUCGGGCAGGGGUGUUGAUGAUGCCAUGCUACACCUUCACCUGAUUCUACCUUCGAUUUGUCCUGUUCCAAUUUUUCGCUCUUUUGCUAUGCUCUAGUGCAAGCGCUCCCUUAAUCAUACCGACUACCGUGACAGGUGGUCCAAUCGGUGUAUUUUUCGGCAUAUAUACUGACUCUUUAUAUCACAUGAAUAAUAACAUCGAGGCAUGUUUGAU